UGUGGUUUUUUGAUUAUUUUUUUUAAGAUUUUUAUUUUUCAGAUUUGUUAAUUUCUUUAUGUCUUUUGUUUUAUUAUUUUACUCACGUUAUUCUUUUUUUUCUAAUACACAUCAAUGGACCCGGAAUAUGCAAAUGUUAUAUUGGACGAAUCAAAUUUCUAUGAAAUCUCAUUCUCAUAAAAGAUUUUAUAUCAAUUUUAUAAAAAGAAACUAUAAUGAAUGUUUUUUUAUACCUAGAAAAUUAUAUAAAAAAGAUAUUCAAAACAUUCCUAAAGAUCUAUUGAAGAAAACAUUACCUAUGUUUUCUUCAUUAUCAAGUGUUUUUUAUGAUAAAAAAGAUAAUGGUUUUUCGCCUACUCUUCAGAAAAUUGCUUUAUGGGUAGCAUCAGCAUUGGAAUGGUAUUCUCCUCGCAGUGUAAGUAUUCGGAAUACAAAGAUGUUAUAUGGACAUUGUACCGAACAAAGCGUUCAUGAUUUGGAUCGGAAUUUUUGGUAUUCAAAGCAUGCUCUUCCGCCUUCUUUCCAAACAUGGUUUCAUAUUACUUUAUUGCAUGUUUGGAUGCUGAUGGUGCGUAUACGCGCACUUCCUCAAAAAACUAGUAAAAUGUAUCAGCAAGAACUUGUUAAUCAUUUUUUUGAAGAUUGUGAAUAUAAAAUGAGAAAUAAUUACAAGAUACAUAGUGAACGGAUUAUUUCUUUUCAUAUGAAAGACUUGUUAAUGCAGUUUAAUGGUUCUGUAUUUGCAUAUGAUGAAGGUAUGUAUAGAAAUGAUUGUAUACUUGCGUUGGCAUUGUGGAGAAAUUUAUAUGCUGGAAGAACAAAAAUAAACGUCUCGUUUCUCGCUGCAUCUGUUUUAUACGUACGUAAUACGCUGUUUGAGCUUGAUAAUAUGUUGGAUGAAGAUGUUCAAAAUGCAAAUAUACGUUUUUUACGGAUUUCAGAUAUCUUUGAAUUAAAAGAUUAAUAGUUAAAUUUUGUAUAUUAAAAAUAAAUAUUUUGUAGUACAAUAUUUUGAAAAUAUUAUAUAAUUGAUACUAUUCAUUUUAACAGUGAAAGAGCGUGUCUACAAUGUUAGAUAUUAGAUGUAGAAAAUUUACUUUCAGUAGAAUUAGUUCCCAACACGUACUUAAAUAGGGAUUGCUUAGGUCUGGAUUAUCAAUUUCUCCAUUAUAUAUUCCUUCUCCAUGUUUUUCAUUGGAACUUAAAAAAUAAUUGAGUUUAGGAUGUUUUUUGAUCAGUUUUUGUAUUAAAUUUAAAGAUUUUAUAACAGAUUUUUCGGGAAAUCCCAGUAAGACUGUGAAAAGGCGCUUUAUAAAAGCAGCCGCUCUUAAUAGGUUUAAAUUCUUAUCUUGAAAAAAAAUAUAAUCAAAACAUUCUUCUAAUAUUUCUAUUUCACUUAAUUUGGUAAAUGAAUUGUCAUUAUUUGAUAUAUUAUCAUCCUGUUUUUUUGAUUUAUAAACGAUAUCAGCUUCUAUGUAAGAAUUUAAAGACAUAGGAAUCAUAAUUGAAUAUAAAUAAAAAAUAAAUGCUGAUAAAUCAAGAUUUAUGGUUUCUUUCAUUUGAGCUUCUAUUUAGCUUGAAAGCAACAACUAUGCAU